AUGGAGCAGAAUACGUACAGAGCGAGCGACAUACAGAAUUGUUGGAGUUGCAGUCUCCAUGCAACUAAUUUACACUCAACAACAAUUCUAAUAUCUCGAUCGCUCUCUGUCUCUCUCUUUUUCUCUUCUCACUCUUCAUUUACACACACAGUGAGCUUAGCUAGACCAUGGAGUUUCUCUUGACAAUGUGUCUAGUCUCUCUUUUCUAUGGUUUUUGCUGCCUUUUAAAGUCAUUUCUCCAAAGGAGACAUCAGUCCUGCUAUUUACUGGCCUAUGAGUGCUACAAACCCACAGAGGACAUGAAGCUCCGAACCGACUCAUGUGCGAAAAUCGUCAUGAGAAACAAGAAUCUGGGGCUGGAAGAGUUCAGGUUUCUCUUGAAAACCAUUGUCAAUUCCGGCAUUGGUGAGGAAACUUCUUGCCCAAGGAACAUCCUCCAAGGCCGAGAAGAAAAGCCAAACCUAGCAGAUUCACUCUCUGAGAUGGAUGAAAUCAUCUUCAACACACUUGACAAUCUUUUCACCCGGUACCCUUCAGUCUCCCCAUCACAAAUCGACAUCCUCGUAGUCAAUGUCUCUAUGUUCUCCCCUUCACCCUCCCUAACAUCUCGAAUAGUGAACCGUUACAAGAUGAGGGAGAACAUCAAGACAUUCAACCUUUCCGGAAUGGGCUGCAGCGCAAGCCUGGUGGCCGUUGAUGUUGUCCAGGGCUUGUUCAAGUCAUACAAAGACUCAUACGCCCUUGUUGUGAGCACAGAGUCGAUGGCUCCUAACUGGUAUUGCGGCAAAGAAAAAUCCAUGAUGCUCACCAACUGUUUGUUUCGCUCGGGAGGCUGUUCGAUGCUGUUCACCAAUAGAAGAUACCAUAGGCACCAAGCUAUCUUGAAAUUGAAGACACUGGUAAGAACACAUAUCGGCUCCAGUGAUGAUGCUUACAAUUGUUGCAUACAGCUAGAAGAUGAUAGUGGUUACCCAGGUUUUCGUCUUACCAAAUACCUCACAAAAGCAGCA